UUAAAAUCGUCUCUCUCUCAAUAAAUACACACUCUAUCAUCCUCUUUUCCGGAUUCAAGUCUGCAUACCACCCGCACUCUAUCAUCCUCUUUUCCGGAUUCAAGUCUGCAUACCACCCACCAUCUUCCUCUGCUUUCUCUCUAAGCUCCCUCAAAGGGAAUUCUCUGAAAUGAGGCUCAGCUAUCCUUUUGGGGCUCUCUGUUUAUUGGUUUUGACAUGCACUUUAGUUGCUGCUUCCUCUGAUGGUUUAGUACGGAUUGGUUUGAAGAAGCGACCCUUGGAUCUUCAUGACAUUAAGGCUGCCAGGAUGGCAAGAAUGCAAAAAUAUGGGGAGGGUCUGAAUGGCAAGCGUCCAGGUAAAUCUGAUGUUGACAUUGUAUCUCUGAAGAACUAUAUGGAUGCUCAAUACUAUGCAGAGAUUGGAAUUGGUUCACCCCCACAGAAAUUCACUGUCAUAUUUGAUACUGGCAGCUCCAAUCUAUGGAUUCCCUCAUCAAAAUGCAUUUUUUCAAUUGCAUGCUUAUUCCAUCCUAAGUACAAGCACUCCAAGUCCAAAUCAUAUCACAAAAUUGGAAAAUCUAUUGCAAUACAUUAUGGAUCUGGAUCAGUUUCUGGCUUCCUUAGUCAAGAUAAUGUGAAAGUCGGCAGUCUUGUGGUCAAAGAUCAAGUUUUCAUGGAGGCUAAAAAAGAAGGAUCUCUUUCAUUUGUAGUGGCACAGUUUGAUGGAAUACUUGGGCUUGGCUUCCAGGAAAUUUCAGUUGGGGAUGUGGUGCCACUCUGGUACAAUAUGAUGGAACAAGGACUUAUAAAAGAGAAAGUCUUCUCUUUUUGGCUUAACCGGAAUCCGGAUGCAAAAGACGGUGGUGAGAUUGUUUUUGGUGGUGUUGAUGCAAAGCACUUCAAGGGGCAGCAUACUUAUGUUCCCGUCACUGAAAAGGGAUACUGGCAGUUUGAAAUGGAUGAUUUUCUUAUUGCAAACCGUUCGACAGGUUUUUGCAAGGGUGGAUGUGCUGCAAUUGUGGAUUCUGGAACAUCCUUGCUUGCUGGUCCAACUACUGUUGUCACUCAAAUCAACCAUGCUAUUGGAGCAGAAGGAGUGAUAAGCAUGGAAUGUAAAGAAAUAGUUGCCGAUUAUGGAGAACAGAUAUGGGAUCUCUUAAUUUCAGGGGUGCAACCUGAUAAGAUAUGUUCACAGAUUGGAAUAUGCAUGUUCAAUGGAGCUCAAUAUGUGAGUUCUAAUAUCAAGACAGUAGUUGAAGAAGAAAACAAGGAGAAAGUUUCUGCUGGGGAUGAUCUUUUAUGCACUGCUUGUGAGAUGCUUGUUGUUUGGAUCCAGAACCAGCUGAAAGAUAAGGAAACAAAGGAGACUGUGUUUGGUUAUGUGGAUCAGCUUUGCGAGAGCUUGCCAAGUCCAAUGGGAGAAUCAGCAGUUGACUGCAAUAGCUUGUCGAAAAUGCCAAAUGUUACGGUCACAUUGGGAAGUAAAGCUUUCACCCUCACUCCUGAACAGUAUGUUCUGAAAUCUGGUGAGGGCCUUGCUACUGUCUGUGUCAGUGGGUUUAUUGCUUUGGAUGUGCCUCCACCUCGUGGUCCUCUUUGGAUUCUUGGAGAUGUAUUCAUGGGGGUGUAUCAUACAGUAUUUGACUAUGGAAAUAUGGUAGUGGGUUUUGCUGAAGCUGUUUAGUUUGACUCAAAUGCAUGUUCAGUAUUCAUCACUUGCUUCUGUUGAAACCCUAGAAAUGUUUGUGAAUUCUGUAAUGUAUGUUUAUUAUUAUAAAUGCUAUACAUAAAUUCGAUGAUGGUUCAUCCAUACGUAUAGUGAGUUGAUUUCUGUAUGUAAUUAACUAUGUUGGUUGCUUAGAUAUAGAUGUUUCCCAAAUCUACUUUGCAAAAACA